AUGGCGGACACGAUAACGGUUGUGGACGAGCAGCGUCAUCCCAACUCACUCGGUACGACGCAAUUGCAGUCCGGAUGGGAGUUGAACAAUCUCAAGCACAUGCACGAUGCCGAGGACGAUGAUUCCACAGUGACCGAUGUGCUGUUGGCCGACAGAGGCCCUCACACCGAUCGUCAGCCUUCUCCGCCACAGACCUCGGCCUGGACGCCUGCGCCGCAUCCGCUGUUCCCUCCGUUGCCUUCCUACGGCCCGCCGUCUUUCGGCUCCCGUCUGAAAUACCUCGCGAUCCGAUGCGUCUCCUCCGUGCUCUCGCUUCUCUUUCUCGGCGCUGUUGUGAUCGGCGCCCUCCUCCACAGCGUGGUGGGCGUCCUUUCCAAUACUGGUGUCAGGCUGCGCGGGCGGGACCCCCGUGCGCAACGGGCGUUCCACGCAGAGGAACGCACCCGCAGUCUCGAGCGGCAAAGCAACUCCCAGAAAUGGGAGCGCCGACAAGAGAAGAAAGAAGUCGACGAAGAAGCUCCCGAUGAAUGUCCGCCGCUGGAGGGCGGGAAGGACCCCAUCGUCAGUGACGUCGCGUACUACGCGAGGAGAGUCGGGUUGGAUGUGGAAACAUUCAAGGUCCAGACGGAGGACGGGUUCAUCCUGACGUUGUGGCAUGUCUAUAAUCCGCAGGAGUACACUCCGUUGCCUCCGCGCGAGAGGAGAGCCCGCGGUCCGCGUGUGUUUGCUGAGCGGAAAGGCGCCGAGUCCGGCGGGCUCCGGCGAAAGUAUCCGGUUCUCCUGAUGCAUGGCCUCCUCCAGAGCUCUGGCGCGUAUUGCGCCAAUGAUGACGAUAGUCUCGCUUUCUUCCUGUGCAAGUCAGGCUAUGAUGUGUGGCUCGGGAAUAAUCGCUGCGGCUUGGGCGCCGAGCAUGCGACGCUGGAUGAGGCGGACCCGCGCAUGUGGGCGUGGAACAUCCGGCAUUUCGGCGUGUAUGAUCUGCCCGCCCUUGUUUCUCGCGUGCUCUAUGAGACGGGGUUCGAGAAGCUGGGGUUAGUGGCCCACUCGCAGGGGACGACGGAGACGUUCGUCGCGCUCGCAAAAGACCAGCGACCUGAGCUGGGCGAGCGCAUCUCUGUCUUUUGUGCUCUCGCGCCGGCUGUGUACGCGGGCCCGCUUGUGGACCGGUCGUAUUUUCGCUUCAUGCGCAUCAUUUCACCAACGGCCUUUCGCGUGAUCUUCGGCAUUCACUCGUUCAUCCCUUUCAUGAUGACCAUGCAUCGGGCUCUGCCGCCUCGUGUCUACGGCACGCUGGGCUACUAUGUCUUUUCCUAUCUCUUUGGCUGGAGCGACACCCGCUGGGACCGGGGACUGCGUGAUCGCAUGUUCCAGUUCGCUCCCGUGUACGUCAGUACCGAGACUAUGCACUGGUGGCUUGGCCCUGAAUGUUUCGCGACCCAGAAGUGUAUCUUGGCCACCCGCGACGUCAGCGUCGUCGAGACGGAAGAGGAUCACCGCGUGGAGCGAGGCCUCGAUGACGGCACCGCUCGCAGCGAUACGGCGUGGUACGGUCCCCAGACACCGCCGGUUGCCCUCUGGGUUGCAGGAUCCGACAACCUCGUCGACGGGCGCCGACUGCUGCGCCGAUUGCGAAACGGUCGGGAACCACAUGUCCGAGUAGUCCAUGAGAAGAUCAUCGAGGACUACGAGCAUCUCGAUGUCCUCUGGGCCAUGGACGCCGUCGAGCAGGUGGGCAGGGAGAUUGCUGCCUUGCCUUAUCUCCGCUGUCUCCGGAUGACCUCAUAUUUAAGCCUUGUCCGACCGUAUGCGACACACCUCUGUCUCACAAUGUCGAAGCAAUCCUUCAACCCAGACACUGACAUCCCUGACCUCGCGGGGAAAGUCAUCUUCGUCACCGGGGGGACUUCCGGUCUUGGGGCCGCAACGGUCCAGAACCUGGCCAAACACAACCCGGCCCAUAUCUACCUCAGCGGCCGGAAUGCCACCAGCGCCUCCGUCGUGAUCCAACAGGUCCAAGACUCUGGCAGCAGCGCCAAGCUCACUUUUCUGAAAUGCGACCUCUCGUCGCUGGCUUCGGUCAAAUCGGCCGCCGAGGAAUUCCUUGCUCAAGAAUCCCGGCUCGACAUCCUCAUCUGCAACGCCGGCAUCAUGGCCAUGCCGCCGGGGACCACCGUCGACGGCUACGAGGUGCAAUUUGGGACUAACCACCUCGGCCACGCGCUGUUGAUCCGCAAGCUGCUGCCCCUGCUGACGGCAGCCGGCGACGGCGACGGCGACGGCGACGGCGGUCGGCUGGUCAUCCUCAGCUCGGACGGCUACGCGAUGCAUCCCCGCUCCGGCAUCUCCUUCGACACGCUCAAGACCACUCAGGACACCGGCCUUGGCGCAUCGUGGGUGCGCUACGGCCAGAGCAAGCUGGCGAAUUUGCUGUAUGCGCGCGAGCUGGCCCGCCGGUAUCCGGCGGUGACGGCCGUGUCCAUCCACCCCGGCGUGGUCCGAACGGGACUGGCAGAUGCGUUAAGCUGGCAGAAGCGCGCCUUCAUCUACGCCAUGACGCUCGGGACGAUGACGAUGGUGUCGGUCGAGGAGGGCGUGCUCAACUCGCUGUGGGCGGCCACGGCGCGUCGCGAGGCGCUGGUCAACGGCGCCUAUUAUGUGCCGGUGGGAAAGUUGCCGAAGAAGUUGGAUGCCGCGGCGCAGGAUGAGGCGCUGGCGGCGAGACUCUGGGAGUGGACAGAGGAGGCUUUAGCGGAUUUUCUAUAG